UAGCACAUUGAUUUGUAAUAAAUAAAGUAUCAUUCCAGAUCGUGCCAUUGAUCCGUCCUUUCCCAAUUGAUUUGGUGGUCCUCGAUUAUUACUUUGCUAGAAUGACAGCAUUUUUCACUUUGGUCGCUGUGGGGUUGGCCUUCUUGGUGGGGGAGGCCUUUACUGCUCAAACACUUACCUCCCCAAUUUUAACGAAUUGGGGGACUUGGGGAGAAUUCGAGUACUGUCCACCAGGCUCCAAAGUUAUUUCGAUGCAAAUAAAAGUUGAGCCUUGGGAUGCAUGGGAUGGACUGACGGAUGACUCCUGCCUCAACGCCAUCAAGCUCGUAUGCGGCAACCCUGUGACUGGAGACAUAGCGAAUUUCAUAACAUCCAAGGAAGGAACCUUUGGCAGAUACAAAGCAAUGCACAGAUGCAACGGUAACGGUUACGCCGUUGGGUUUAUGCUCCGCGUAGUUGAGGAAGAUACUGCCAUUGUUGAUGAAACUGCGACCAACAAUUUGCGAAUUUUAUGCGCUGGAAGUACGAGCGGUUUUAUGGAGUUGGACGGAGAGGGAUGGGGUGAGUGGACCAAUCCGAGGAUAUGUGACAGCCACGAGUACAUUUGUGGCAUUCAAACACAAGUCCAAGAUGACCAAGGAAUCACGAGGGACGAUACUGCUCUGAACAACUUGCGCGUUCAGUGUUGUGACCUUACCAAGGAGGACAUGGUUUAUUAUGGACUGCGAGUGGAGAACACGACCAUGAGCAGAUCGCACAAGUAAUCAUAGCCGAUUUAUAUAAAUAGUUGUACAUAAGUGGCUUUUAAUCUUAUCUUUUCGGACAUGACAUGCUGCAACUUUUAUAUAAUAGAUCAACAAUAAAUUGCUUUCUUCUUUCAUAACUAAAAUUGUUUGUGCAUCAAUUUGUAGAAAUUUUACCCAAACUUUUAUGUGUGUGUGAGGUUCAUUGUCCAAUGUUAUCCAUGCGCUGAUAUUGGUAAAUAAAUUUGUCUCAUCAUUAUUCAUUCAAA